AUGGAACAGAUAAAUUACACUGAAGUAACUUAUUUCAUUAUUAAGGGUAUUUCUGAAAAGCCCGAGCUGCAGGCACCGAUCUUCUUUCUAAUUCUUCUUAUUUAUCUCAUUUGUCUUGGUGGUAACAUAAUGAUUAUUCUGCUUGUCUCUCUAGAUCCUCAACUCCGCACCCCUAUGUAUUUCUUCUUGAGUAACUUGUCCCUCAUUGACAUUUUCUCAACCACCGUCAACCUACAUAAUAUAUUGUUUAGCUUCAUAUCAGGAGACAAAACAACAUCUUUUAUUAGCUGCUUGACUCAUAUGUAUAUAUUUUCAUCAUUGCAAAGUGAUGUGCUUUUACUACUAGCGGUCAUGGGCUACGACCGUUAUGCAGCUAUCUGUAACCCCUUGCAUUAUCGUAUGAAGAUGAACCAAAAUAUUUGUGUUAUAUUGGCCACUGUCUCUUGGGUAAUGGGUUUUAUGGAAGUCACACCUAUACUAGUAGCAAUAUUAAGCUUCACAUGUUAUAAAUCCAACAUAAUAAAUCAUUUUUUCUGUGAUGUUAUGCCAUUGAAGAAACUCAUUUGCAGUGAUACUACGUUUUUGGACCUUUAUAUACUUAUUGUUGGAAGUUUGAUCGGAUGUUUCACUCCAUUUAGUCUCACUUUCAUCUCUUAUAUGUUUAUUAUUAACACCAUCAUGAGAAUUAAUUCCAGCACUGGAAGACGUAAAGCCUUCUACACAUGCUCCUCCCACCUCAUCGUUGUUAUCCUUCUUUAUACAACGAUCUUCUGCCAAUAUCUGACACCAGAAUCAAUGGGUAACUUAGAAAGCAAAAAACUUUUUUCUCUCUUUAAUACAGCAGUAGUUCCCAUACUGAAUCCAAUGAUUUACAGCCUGAAAAAUAAAGAUGUGAAAUCAUCACUUAGACGAUUUUUAAAAGCAUUUAAGGUUUCUUUUUAA